CUCUGAAUAGGAGCAAGUCUAUAGGCUAGUUAAUUAAAAACAGGAAAAAGUGGACCUAACUGCCAAUAGCAGAGCAGAGGACGUUGCUUCCCGCUCCGCUGUCCGCCCAGCGAGAGUAUUUAGGAGAGGAGCAGGAGAGGAGGCGACAGGUGCACCAGGCAUGACCUGGUCAGUGUCCUCACUUGGGCUGAGAUGGAGAGGCAAAAUGGUGACUGAGGCCUGCUCACAUAAAGGGAAGGGAAGAUGCGCUUGAAACGCAGGAGUGGAGAAUCACACAAAUGGGAGAAUGCUGAGAGAUUUUAUAAGAAAGCGACACUUUCCCUUCAAGGGACAAUACGAGGCCCGUGAAGUCACAUACAAGCGCUUCAGGAGGCGGAUCAUCCAGAGGAGCUGCAGAGAGGCCCCUGCUGCGAGUACCCCGCUGGCCCCUGGGCGGCAGUGUGAGCCCAGCUUUGAGUUUGAUCCGGUGUGUCAGAGGCUGGAGCUCGAGUCUCCACCGAGAAAGCAAGAACCAGCGCAGGGAGUGCUGCAGGGAAAUAUACAAGAAUCAGCAUUGGUGGGAGGCCUGUCUCACUCUGAGCCUGCUAACUUGUUGAACACAGCAUGCACUGUUGCUGCCAGGAGACAGCCUGCUGCAGAAAAUGGCCCAGAACAGCGAUGGGUGUGGACACCUGCAGGUCAAGAACAGGGACACCUCAGUCACUGUGGUAAUGAUGAAAGAAGACGUGGUCUUCAGCCAUUUGCCAUUCUGAGCAAAGCCAGCCUGAGUCUGCAGGGGAAGUCAGUGGUUAAGUUGGGGGCACCUUCACUACUGAAUGACUACUACACCAAUCUUCUGGACUGCAGCUGUAACGGCAUGGUUGCGUUAGCACUCGGCUCUACUGUUUACAUUUGGAAUUCAGAAACUCGUGCUCUGGUUGGACAUUUGGACCCGAGUCCACAGCCAGGAUGCCAAUACCGUCAGUCCAUCUCGUCUCUGUGCUGGAGCAGAGAUGGCAGAGCUCUCAGCAUUGCGACCAGGCGAGGGGAGAUACAGUUGUGGGAUGUCGAACACAAGCAGAGGAUGAGGUUUCUGUUGUCACACCUGACUGUGGUGAGAGCUCUUUCCUGGAAACAGCAGUUACUUAGCAGUGGCUCGGUUCUUGGACAUAUCUGUCACCUUGACCCUCGGGCUUUCACACCUCUGGUAGGUGCAACCACCCAGAGUGAGGGGGUCUGCAGCCUGCAGUGGUCACCAGGAGGCAGUUGGCUGGCCAGUGGUUCCACAGAAGGCCAUCUCCAUAUCUGGGACCAUAGCAUCACAGGAAACAAAAUGUCAAGUCAGCCAAUAAUGACAAUGAAGCAGUGCAGUGCUGUUAAGGCAAUGGGGUGGUGUCCAUGGCAGAGAAACACGAUUGCUACUGGAGGGGGAUGGAAAGACGGUGAGCUGAGAAUCUGGGACACACAGUCUGGGUCUUGUGUAACUUCCACACACACAAAUUCACAGAUAUGUUCUCUACAAUGGGCUGAAAAGAAGAGACAUGUGGUUACAGGUCAUGGUCUUCCUCAUCACAAAGUCAUAUCCUGGAUGUGGGAGUUUCCCUCCCUCAGCCCCAUUUACCAGUUCACAGGUCACUCUGAUCGAGUCCUGCACUUGGCCUUGAACCCUGACAACACUCGAAUCUUCUCCACCGCCGCAGACCAGCGCUUUCACAUCUGGGAUCUGUAGUUACCAGCAUCGUGGAGCCGUGACAUUCAUAUCGAUAAUGAAAGUCUUCGGAUGAGAACUGGGUAUAAAAUUGAUUACCACAUAUGUGGUCAUUGCUGCUUUCUUGGCAAUUGUAUCAAAGAGACUGCACAUUUCCUGCCCGUCAUCUGUACCACACGCCAAAGCCAGCUCACACCAGUUCACACCUUUUGCCGUGUAUCAUGCAUGCCAGCAGCAGAGGUUUCCUGUUUCCUGUUAAUACCAAUGUAUUAUUUAAUUUAAUUGUUUAGUAUUCAGUAUGACAGAUAUGUUUCGGUGAUUGCCACAAGGUGGACACGGGACACGUGUUAUGCAAAACUGCACAGAAAAUAGUUCAAAUAGUGGACGCAGCGUCUUCUGUGGUGCACGCACAUGAAAUAUCUCAGCACAUUUCGUACGUUCCAUUCUGACAUGUUUACAAAAGAAACAUUUCAUAAAAGGCCUUUGUUUAAAUUUUAUUUUUCACAAUGAAGUGAAAUUCGUGAACCUAAUAGUAAAAUACACUCUUCCAGGAUGAAAUUGCUUUUUAUUCUUGCCCCUUUUUAUUCCAUAUUUUACUUGAAAUUUCUUAAUGAUAUGAAAUAUGUCUACUACAUUUGACCUCAAAACCUGAGUAAACAUUUCAUGGUUUGUUUUACAAGUUACUUAUUUAGCAGUCAAAGCACUUCGACUGAAGUUAAAUACUUGUGUGUUGCAAAGGUUUUACUUGCAAACGUGUGACCAGAUAAGAUUCAAGAGAACACUUUGUGCAGAAGUGCUGUGGUGAAGACUUCCUUUCUAUAAACAAAGCAAGACCCCCUUGGGUUAUUUCUUAUGGGUAACAUGUUCAGUCGCUCUGCGGCAUGUGCAGUGAUGUUUGGUUUAGACCCUGUCACCUCUGACAUCUGCAACAUCUAGCCUGCACUCUUACACUUUUUGCUAAGAUGAAAUGCAAGGCCAAGAUGAAUGACAUCAACAUUCAGCUGAAAGCACCACCAUGCAUCAAGUGCAGCAUCACCGCAGAGCUUUGA